AUGCCUCGCCCUGCAACUCUGCCAGAUUGGAAGGACAUUCCCGCCGUCGAGGGUAUGCCGGCAGGUACAGCCUGGGCACUCUGGGGAAAGGAUGACACCCUGGGCGCACUCAACCUCCUCACCCCGGAGAACACCGUCCUUGCCGCCCGGGAGAUCAAGACAGGCCUGCGUGUGCAACUCGAUCUCCCGAUGGACGUACCUAAGUGGCCCAGCUUUGGACGUCAACAGUUCGCCCACGAGAUCACGUUCAAGCCGUGGAGCACCCAGGAUAUCGUGCACUACAACACCCAGUGCUCCAGCCAGUGGGAUGGGUUCAGGCAUAUUGCCCACCCGCCAACGCUCAAGUUCUACCAGGGCAUGGACAUGGCACCCUACAAGGACGGCAAGGAGCCCACCCGUAACGGGAUCCACUACUGGGUUGAAGCCGGAGGUAUUGCCGGCCGUGGGAUCCUGCUUGACUGGGCCCGCUGGUGGAUGCACGAGCAUCCUGGUCAGACCCUUCCCAACCCCUGCCAGUCUUAUGCCAUCCCUGUCUCCGAGCUCGACGCCACCGCCGCCUUUCAGGGCACGGAGAUCAAGCCUGGCGACAUUCUCUUGGUGCGUUGUGGGUUCGUCCAGUGGUACAACCAGGCCAAGGAUGAGGAUCGUAAGACUCUCGUGAGCGGGAAUGACUUCAAGUUCAUCGGUGUCGCACCCGGUCAGGAAAGCAAGGAGUGGAUCUGGAACCAUCAUUUCGCUGCAGUGGCAGGUGAUGCGGUCGGCUUCGAGACAUGCCCCGUUGCACGUGAUCAGAACUCCCUUCACCAAUGGCUCAUCCCCCUCGCCGGUAUCCCCAUCGGCGAGCUCUUCAACCUCGAAGAGCUUGCAAAGGUUUGCGAGGAACAAAAACGGUGGAGCUUCUUCUUCACUAGCGCGCCGAUCAACGUUCCCGGAGGUGUGGCUAGUACGCCAAACGCUAUUGCCAUCCUGUAAGGUAAGAGAAUGAAUGAGGAUCACGAGCAGAGAAAACGAAGAUCGGCAUGUGGCUUGUGAUUUCGGGUUGAUUGCCAUUGUAGGGCCUGGAAGAAGUAAAAUUCGAACCAUUGUUGUACUCCAUGGCCCACGUGAUCCUGUCCAGAAGUGUUCGCCCUGGAGCGAGCGAUACCGAGGCAUGGGAGGGAUAAUUCACUCAUAUCGUGUGCAUGCUCAGCGCUAUGGCAACUCAUGGU